AUGCUGUUACACCAAUAUAAAUUUGGACUUUACAUUGAUGAUCGUCCCCACUUGAACUUGGACGCGUCUGAUACAAUAAAACUUUCUGUAAUGUCUGCUUCUAGCUCUUCCACGCAAGCUCGGAUCGAACAUCCAUCAACUCCAAGCAAGCAAGAAACGCAAAUCAUAUAUGAACUACGGGCUUUACUUCACACGGUGGAUUCAAUAAAUCAAAAUUUGUUCAGUGCCGUCCAUUUAACCUCUCCUGGGGGAAGUUUAUUUGAAGCACAGAAACGCGCCAGUGAGAGUUUGGAAGAAUUCAAGAAACUCGUGGAGAGAAGAGAUGUUAACAGAGAAUAG